AUGGAGGCAGCACCGUUUACUUCUCCGUCUUCUCCCUUCAAAACUCCAUCCAUCUCCUCCUCCUCUUCUUCUUUUAUAUCUCUUUCAAGAUUUUUUUCUAGAAACCGCUCCACUUCGAAGUUCAAGUCACUUGGAAAUCUCUCAGUUCGUGCCUCCAAUGAUGAUUCAGUGACUCUGCUUGACUAUGGUGCUGGAAAUGUCCGUAGUGUCAGAAAUGCCAUUCGUCGUCUCGGUUUCCAGAUCAAAGAUGUGCAAACUCCGAAAGACAUUCUAAAUGCAAGGCGUCUUAUAUUUCCUGGUGUUGGGGCUUUUGCACCUGCUAUGGAUGUCCUUAACAAUACUGGGAUGGGUGAAGCACUGUGUACCUACAUUCAGAAUGAUCGUCCGUUUUUAGGCAUUUGUCUUGGACUUCAGCUACUUUUUGAGUCCAGCGACGAGAAUGGUCCAGUGGGUGGUCUUGGUCUGAUUCCUGGCGUGGUGGGGCGUUUUGACUCCUCAAAUGGUUUCAGAGUACCUCAUAUUGGUUGGAAUGCUUUGCAAAUCACUAAAGACUCUGAAAUUUUGGAUGAAAUUGGAAACCGCCAUGUGUAUUUUGUUCACUCUUAUCGUGCCAUGCCAUCAAAUGAAAAUAAAGAGUGGAUUUCCUCUACCUGCAAUUAUGGUGAUGAAUUUAUAGCAUCUGUUAGAAGGGGAAAUGUGCAUGCUACUUUGCCAUUGGAUUUGGACGCUUUUUGCCCUGAUGAUCUUGAAUCUCUUGCAUAUGUGGUGGAUAAUCAUGUGAAUGUUAACAAGACUUCCUAUUUAACACUGAGUGAUAUUAUCUCAAAUGAAUGUCACAGAUGUGGGUCUUUCAAUAUUGAGGAGGUUUUUGCUUCCAAAGUCAUCUUUGACAGAGUAGAGGAUAAGGCAUCCUCUGGAAGUAUGAAUGCAGAAGAUCAAAGUGAAAGGGUCUUCUUGUUGCAUUGUGUGCUAAAUAAGGAAACUCCUAGAAAGGCCCCUGAGGAAUUUCACCAUAAGGAAGCAAAUGAUAUUGCUUCUCUUCAGGUAAUUGCUUGUCUUGAUGUGAGGACAAAUGAUGAAGGAGAUCUUGUGGUAACCAAAGGAGAUCAGUACAAUGUAAGAGAACAUGCAGAAAAGAAUGAGGUUAGAAACCUUGGCAAGCCAGUGGAGCUUGCUGGACAGUAUUACAAAGACGGUGCUGAUGAGAUUAGUUUUUUGAAUAUCACUGGCUUUCGUGACUUUCCCUUGGGUGAUCUGCCAAUGUUGCAGGUUUUGAGAUGCGCUUCAGAAAAUGUUUUUGUGCCAUUGACAGUUGGAGGUGGAAUUAGAGAUUUUACAGAUUCGAAUGGCAGGUAUUAUUCUAGCAUGGAAGUUGCAUCAGAAUAUUUCAGGUCUGGGGCUGAUAAGAUUUCUAUUGGAAGUGAUGCAGUCCAUUUUGCUGAAGAAUAUUUAAAAACUAAGGUAAAGACUGGGAAGAGCAGCAUAGAACAGAUAUCAAGAGUUUAUGGAAAUCAGGCUGUUGUUGUAAGUAUUGACCCUCGUAGAGUGUACCUCAAUGAUCCUAGUGAUGUGGAGUUCGAGUGUGUUAGGUUGACUAACCCAGGUAUGGAGAAUGUGCUUGUGAUUAAUGGUGGGCGAGAAGGUCGACCAAUUGGAGCUUAUGAACUUGCAAAAGCUGUUGAAGAGCUGGGGGCUGGAGAAAUAUUACUGAAUUGCAUUGACUGUGAUGGUCAAGGGAAGGGAUUUGAUAUAGAUCUAGUAAAGAUGAUCUCUGAUGCUGUGAGCAUCCCUGUGAUUGCAAGUAGUGGUGCAGGUGCUGCUGAACACUUCUCAGAUGUCUUCUCAAAGACAAAUGCAUCUGCUGCCCUCGCUGCAGGCAUUUUCCACAGGAAAGAGACUUUCUGGCUUGCAGGUGCCCAUUCAGUCUGUAAAAGAGCACUUGUUGAAGGAAGGCAUAGAAGUCAGGAUCUAAUUCAAUUUCGUGUCCUAUAUUAUCAUGCACCGAUAAAGUCAGCGUUGAGGUGA